UUUUUUUGUUCUGCAACCAUGGCUUCUGAGAUGGAAGCUGCCCUAGCAACUGUUCCAUCUGAUUCUCCAACCGUAUUUGACAAAAUCAUAAAUAAAGAAAUUCCUAGUACCGUGGUUUAUGAAGAUGAUAAGGUUCUUGCAUUCAGAGACAUUGCACCCCAAGCUCCCACACACAUCCAAAUCAUCCCCAAAAUUAGGGAUGGAUUAACACGUCUCUCUAAGGCUGAGGAGAGGCACUGUGAGAUUCUUGGCCACCUUCUGUACACUGCUACGCUAGUUGCUAAACAGGAAGGCCUUGAUGAUGGCUUCAGGAUUGUAAUCAAUGAUGGGCCCAAAGGAUGUCAAUCUGUCUAUCACCUUCAUAUCCACCUUAUUGGGGGACGGCAAAUGAACUGGCCACCUGGCUAAUUUGUUUCACUUUGGAGGGCAGAUAAGAACUUUGAACGUUUCCCAUUCUGCUGCCCAUAUUGGUCUCGACAGUAAUAAACUGUAGUUUGUGGCUGCUUUUUACUUUUUGUUUUUGGGUACUUUUACCUGUGUUUUAUUGAUACAACUGACGAUCUCUAUUAGGAUAUAAACACUUGUACCCUAAUAAGGCUAUGUUUGGUCGUCCAGAAA